CGGAAAGGGAAUUUUAAAUUUUAUUAUUAGACAGAGCAAGAUAAAGAAAAAUGAGUUCUAAUUAAGAAAGUCAUUUUUAAUUAAUUAAAUAUUUUUAAUUUUAAAAUUCAGAUUUUGAGAUUUUUUUUGGUAAACAAAAAAACAAGAUGCGGCCAAAACUGGAAACAAUAAAGCAAUUUAGUAGAUCUUUAAGUACUUUUAGUAACACAAAACCAUUAGGAUUAAGGACAAGAGCUGUGCUCCGACAGGUAUCCAUGGUUGUUUUAGCAAAUUUAUGCUCAGUCCCUGGUGGAAUGGCAUUAGGUUUGCCAACUGUUACUCUAGCACAAUUAAAAGAUACUAGAAAUUCAUAUGCUUUAAAUGAAUCACAAGGAUCAUGGUACGCAUCCAUAAAUGCAAUUGCAUGUCCACUUGGUAGUCUUUUAAGUAGUUAUUUAUUGGAUAAAAUUGGUCGGAAGAGAACAGUCAUCUCUGUCAAUAUAAUUUCAAUAUUGUCAUGGAUAAUAUUGGCAACAUCAUCAUUUCAUGAGGACAAUUUAAUAUUUUUCAUUCAAGUUAUGAUAUCACGAUUUCUUAUGGGAAUUUCAAUGGGAUUAGCUAGUUCACCAUGUGGUGUAUAUGCUGCUGAAAUAAGUCAUCCAAGUUUAAGAGGUCGUUUAACAUUGGGAACAUCAGUCGGUAUUGCUACUGGGGUUUUCAUUAUUUAUACAAUAGGAUAUUUUAUAAGAGAUGAUUGGAGAUUAAUUAGUAUUUUAGCUUUAGGUUAUACAAUAAUUGCUUUCAUGCUUGCCUUUAUUAUUGUCGAAUCUCCCAGUUGGUUAUUAUCGAAACGUCGUAAUGAAGAGGCAAAACAAGUUUUACGUUAUUUCAAUGGAAUUAAAAAAUCAGAUACAAAUGUUUAUAAUGAAAUUGAAAAUGAUUUUGCGACAAUGGAAAAAUCAUUAUCAAAUCCGAAUGGUCAGAAAAAAGAAAAACUAUGGAUAAUGUUAAAAAGACCAGAGGUCUGGAAACCAUUACUAAUUAUGAUUGGUUUUUUUGCUUUUCAACAAUUUUCUGGAACUUUCGUUGUCAUUGUUUAUGCUGUACAACUUUCAAUUGAUGCUGGUGUUAAUAUUGAUCCUGUACUAUGUGCAAUAAUUAUUGGAUUGACACGUUUAUUAACAACAUUUCUAGUUGGUUUUAUUUAUGAUAAAUGGGGUAGAAGACCACCAGCUAUUUUAUCUGGUUUCGGUAUGUCAAUAUGUAUGAUAUUAUUAGCUGCAUGUACAUGGUAUCCAGAUUUGGGUAAUAUACCAUAUUUUGCAGUUGGUUGUAUUAUUGUAUACAUUUUGACGAGUACUUUGGGUUUAUUAACUUUACCAUUUUCAAUGCUAUCAGAAGUUUAUCCACCAAAAAUACGUGGUCCAUGUGCUGGAAUUACAACUUGUUUUGGAUAUUUGAUGUCAUUUAUAGCUGUUAAUCGAUAUAUGGCUAUGGUUGAUGGUAUUGGAAAAGAAAAUGUUUUUGCAUUUUAUGGUGCCGUAUCUUUUCUAUCUAUAAUAUUUCUUUAUUUAUUUUUACCGGAGACAAAAGGUAAAAGUCUUAUUGAAAUUGAAGAAUAUUUUAUAUAUGGUAAAGAUGGUAAAUUAGCUAAAAAAGCGAAUUUAGAGAGAAGGGAAACUAUAACAACUUAUUGAAAGUUUAUAUGUAGAGAAAUUUUGUGAUUGUAUAUAUAGCGUUGGUAUUAGAAUAGAAUGUGAUAGCAGUAGCAGUAAGAACAAUGUAGUUAUAAGACAUUAAUGACAUUUAUUAUUCGAAUAUUUUUAUGAAAAAUAAAUUUUAAUGA